UAAAGAUAAGGAUCAAAUGGAGGAAAAUGAGGGCACUGGUACAGGUGUCGCCCCACAAAAGGUUCAAAUAGGCAAGUUGGUAAAGAUAUCAGGAGAAGACCAAGAACCACUCUCUCCUGAUGAUGAAGAUGAUGAUAGUGAUAUCCCACAAGAAGGAGAGGAAGGAUUUGAUACUAAUUUUAAAGAUGUUGCAAAAAGGGUCACCGUCUCUAAAAAGCAAGUCCAUGAUGAGGACCAAACCUCAGAAGAGGAAAAAGCUGAAGUCCUUAGAAUUGACUCUAAGAAGCAGAUAGAAGACAGAUUUGAAAUUGUGGAUAGUGAAACUCAUGAGGAAGUUAAAGAUCAGAAAAGGAUUCCACUGAAACGUCAGAGUACUCUUAUUCAGAAAGAUGAAAACGGAGAGAAAGUUCUUGUCAUUGAGGAAGAUAUUUCUCUUAUAUUUCCUCAAGGAAACAAAUCAAUCUUAGUGAAAAUGAAGAUAUCCAGUUUUCAUUUGACAAUCACCCAUGUAAGCUCUGCAAACCAGACUCCAGGAAACGACUCUUUUUCUGGUGGAGAGGAAUCAGAUAAUCUGGAAGAUAGGUUGCCUUUUUAUGAAGAUGAUGAGUCACUUCAAAAUUUGAUACAAAAUCAAUGAGCAAUGAAGUAUCUUGAGAUCCCCCUUGGACUCAUAUACAGUGUUACCAGACUUGAUAUAUCUCCUUUUGAGGACGUCCUCAUCAUCACUACCAAGGAUAAUAGAAAAGUUGCACUUAAGUUAGGAAAAGAACAGGAUCAAGAGGAUCUUGAGAGCUAUAUUAAAAACAAAGCAUUUUCUUUUAAAGUAGACUCAGAUACUUCAUUUAUGAGCUAUAAAUAUGAACCACGACAAUAUUUAAGUGGUAAAAAUGGGUCUUCCUCUUUGAAAAGCAAAGGGAAGAUCUUGGAUAUCCAUAUAGACGACCAUCUUAAACUACCAGCCACUAUAGUUGACGAUAUUCUUAAAGAUACUCCUUUGGACGUAAAUGGAUGGGAUGUCUAUGACUUUGAAGAGGAGUUUAUUAGACAAGGUGUUAAUGUAAAAGAAGAAUUAUUCCAAGCAAUUGAGACUUGGAGAGACAAUGAAGAGAACACUUACCCGAGGAAAGCAUUCAUUCCAAGUGAUAUUUCCCACGGAGACGCCUUUAGUGCUUUUGAAUUUAGAUCAAGGAAAAGAUUCCCGGCAUUAAGUUAUUACUUUUAUGAGAAGGGUACCUCUCUUUGGAGAUGCGCUCAGCCCUGUGUUGGAUUUUUUAAUUCAAGAAAUAAUGAUGAUGAAAAGCUUUUCAAAGCUAUUAAAGAGACUUGUCCAAAUAAUAAAGGCCUUCUGAUCGUAGAUGCAAGAUCCUACGUAGCAGCAAGUGGAAAUAGGAUCACAGGAGGAGGUACAGAAAAUUGAGACAAUUAUGAGAAUUCUGAGAUUCAUUUUGCUGGAAUUGAAAAUAUUCAUGGAGUUAGAGAUGCUUAUAAUCAAUGCUUCCCAUCAUGGCAAGAUCAGUGGUAUACAACAAAGUAUGAUGAUUUAAUGAACAAGUUAAAUAACACUAAAUGGUUGAGCACAAUUACUGCAUUGUUGAAGGCUUCGAAGUUGAUUUCAAAUACAAUGUUUAAUGAGAGUAGAAACGUGGUUGUUCAUUGUAGUGAUGGAUGGGACAGGACAGCACAGUUAUGCUGACUAUCUCAAUCUAUACUUGAUCCAUAUUAUAGAACAUUCAAGGGACUUCAAGUCAUGAUAGAAAAGGAAUGGGUCUCUUUCGGGUUCCAAUUUGAUAAGAGAUGAGGAAACUUUGGAGAUGAAUAUAAGUACGGAAAUGAUGUUUCACCAGUAUUUGUCCAAUUCUUGGAUUGUUUAUAUCAACUACUCGACCAAUUCCCUGCUGCUUUCCAAUACAAUAAGCAUCUCCUUAAAUUUCUGGCAAUAGAAGUAUACACAUGCAAAUUCUCAAACUUUAUUUUUAAUAAUGACUGGCAAAGAAAAUAAAUUUGGGGAAGAACAAAAAUGUGAUCUAAAAGGAACAGUGUCUAUUUGGACUUAUGUAAAUGACAAUUGUCAAAGGUUCCUUAACCCUAUAUACAAGAAGAAAGAUGAUAUCUUGAAGAUAAAAUAUCACCCCUCCUAUCUUAAAUUCUGGGAUGAAUACUUCCUCAGUUGGUAUGAACACACAGAUAAAAACUCACAAACCUCAAACACAGAUGCCUAUAAUGAUAUAGUUGAAGGCUAUAUUGAGAAAUUUGAAAUAAAAAGAGAGACCAUGAAUCUUGCAAAAGAAGCAAAUAAAGAAAAGAAGAAAUAUGAUGAGCUUAUAAAGAAGAUAAGUAAAGCCAGCAAAAAAUAACCCAAGCUACAUUUAGAGUUAUCAAUAUAUUUUAUUCACUAU